GCCCGGCUGCGUGCUGCUCUGCACGCGCCCGGCCGCCGCCCGCGCUCUUACGGGCACGUAGGCCGUGCUUAAAGGGGCAACGCGGCUGGGCGCCGCCGCCUGGGACGCGCCGGGCGGCGUCAGCGUCAGCGUCUCCUGAGCCGCCACCGGCCAACCGCGCGGGAGCUGCCGGGCCGCAGCGGGCGGGGCGUUGCCGCUUUAAGGGCCGGGGUGCCGGUGGCUCCUGGGUAGAGCUGCGCAGUGGUGCGGGGCGCCCCGACCCCGCGCCCUCGCGGUUCUUCUCUUGCCACGCCGACGUGGAGCAGAUGCUGCUGGAGGCCCAGCUGGAGACGGAGAGCGGUGACAGCCCCCUGCUCGUGCUGAGCCCCCCGGCCUGGGAUGGCGGUAGCGCUGGCCAGGUCAGCGAGCGACCUGGGGACAGCGAGCUGCUCCCUGCCUGCAGCCGGCCCCAGCCUGGCUGCACUCACCCUCUGCAGCGGGAUGUGCCGGAGGAGGCUGAGUGGAGGGAGAGGUGCUUGCCAACAUCCCUUGCCUGGACCCGCCAUCCUGAGCAUCUGACUCCAAAGGAAUUUGCCUUUGUGUGCUCCCCCCAGCCGGCCCUGUGGAGCCUGCAGGGAGGUGCAGUGGGGAGGAAGAAGAGACUCUUCAGUUCAGAGGUGCUGCUGCUUUUCAUCCCCUCGCUACUGCUCAGCCAUCUGCUGACCCUGGGACUAGGAAUCUACAUUGGGAAGCGGCUGGCAGCCUCCUCAGCAAACCCGCUGUGAAGAGCUGAGCACAGCAAGACAGCUGGGUCCACUGCCCUGCUCCUCCACUUGGCAUGUGGAGGGAGUCCAGGCACCAGCACAGCCCAUUCGGUCCCAAACUUCAUGCGUGUGGCACAAGGCACUGUCUCCCCUUGUCACUUCCAUAGCUGUGGCCUAGGGAGCAGAUCCCUUCUCUUCUCUGUAGACAGAAACUCUGAUGGCAGCUCCCUGCUGCAGGCAGUCCCUGCCCUCUCCAUCUCUUGGUUGCGGGUCCAUGGUCCUCCUGUUUAAUACAGAAGACUGUAAAUGUGGCUCCUGAGCCUGCAACAGCACAUGUAAAUAAACAGCUCUGUGCCAGCUCUGGAGGCAGAGCAAUGUGCCGACA